AUGCACACCUCCGAUUAUACUCACCCUCAAUCAUACCCACCUUUUAUCCUCCACUGCUUUAUCUCCAUACCCAUAAGCUUCUCCUUCUCACGCCUGAUCGGCUGGGCUCUGUCCGAUCAACCGUCCCUGCUAAACCCUAAAAUUCUCCAUCGCUGUACUAAUGGAGUUCAGAUUGUUAGGACUGAUUAUCCGAUAAGUUCUUAUUACGGGCUGAAUGCUGCCAUGGCAAUACGACUCCGUAACACCUACACGGGACCCACCGAUUUCAUCCUCGACUUUUUGCUGCCCCGCGAUUGCAAACGAGAUGAUGAACAAAAAAGAUCGGAACCUCGAUAAUUUCUAUGAUAAAACACCUUUCUUUGAGCUUGCAUUUGAUAAACGAUGAAGAACUCAUGAAAGACAUGAAUACCCGUGAUGAAUCUUGGAUAUCGGAUAUGGUGGAAGCACGGGAGAGGGGCGAUGGCGAAACGGUCAGAUUCAGUUAUACCCCCAACCACUUGAUAUUCAGAUUUAAAAGAGAGUCUCACUAUGCAUUCCAACUGCUCGAUGAAAUGCUUGGACCAGGAUGCUUCUGUCCUUGAAAGACAAUAUCAGCAACCUAAACAAAAAAUGUUAAGGUUAUUAUUAGCCUCACAUAAGACAGAACCAGAGACCUGAAGCCCCUCAACCUCAUGUCCAAUCUACGCAAACUCAGCUUAGUCCUAAGCUUAACCUAUUAACGCGAUGGUUAAGGGAUUAGGUCGGGUAUAUGGGAUUUCUGUUUUUUUUUCCAUGUUUGUGUAUAUCAUUUUUUUAAAUUGUUUGUAUUUCUCAAGCUUUGGUUGAAGAGUAAUCAGGG